CGAAUGUGCGAUCUGAUAGCAUGGAAAUGCUUGCGCUCAGGCGCGCCUACCAAAGAGUUUCUACUACUGUCCUAGUCUCGGCCAGAGAGUCUCAAUGCGACCUUUCCCAAAGUCCCUUUGCCCCAAGGUUUCCUUCCACCCACUCACACUCGUGGUCGCACUGGCCUUUCGGGGGAAGCUCAAGGCCAUCCUGGACGACGGUCGGACGAACCCAGACCCAGACACAUGGGAUGGGAACCCUGUCAACACCGUGGGCUCCGGGACCGAAGCGAUGGGUUCCGUCAUUACUCAAGGUCCCAGCAGAAUGGUGAAUAAGCGCUCAAGCUCAAACGAAGGUUUGAUCGCGUGGAACGCACACGGCUAGAGGUUUUGCGGCCAGUAUUCACGCACGGUCGCAAUGCGUCAGUGGUGAUUUGGGGAGCCUCAACAUUCAUUAUUCGACAACACUGUUGUGAUUCGAAGCCAUUAUGCCUUUGUCCGAGGGGAGCGUCUAUGCUCUUUUCUCGAUCUCUACGAACUACCAUGGAACCAUCACGUCAAUUGCGAUAUCGCCGUACUUUCUU